AUGGUGUGUGUCAGUACCGCUGCAGAUAUGCUUGACCUGGGGAUCCCUGCUAUGACUGAGUGCUGUAACCAGCUUGACAUGUGCUAUGACACUUGUGGCACAAGCAAGUACGACUGUGACUCAGAGUUUCGCUUGUGUCUGCAUGGCAUUUGCUCCGACCUUAAGAAGAGUCUGGGCUUUGUGUCGAAGGUACAAGCCUGUGAUUCGAUGGCGGACGCUCUCCACAGCACAGUGGGGACUCUUGGUUGCAGGCCUUACAUGAACAGCCAGAGGGCAGCGUGUGUCUGUGAGGGAGAGGAGAGGGAUGAACUGUGA